ACUAUAUAAUUAGUUUUUAUUUUUAUUUAUAUUUAAUGUGGCGACGCGACUGCUGCAGUCUAUCUGAAAGUCUCUUCGGCGGUUCUGCCGCAGCAGAGCGCGAGGCAGCACACGUUCCUCCUCUACCGUCGAGCAUCGCCGAACAAACCGUGACGGAAAGCCGCCGCUGUUCUUUCCCGUUUCUGCACUAGUUUACUGGCAAAAGACAACAGUCCACCCCCCAGCGCCGCUCCACGAUCUCCAUCUACCAAUCCUGCGCCUCCGCCUUACCACGCCGCACAUUCUGGUCCCCGUGCCGCCGGUGCGCUCCUGGGCCCUGGCACGCGAAUCGCCUCCCACGCCGACGCGCGAUCCGGCUCCCUCCAGUUAAAACUCUGGAUCGACUCGCCCCCCUCGCCGCGCUCAUGGCGCUGGUCCGCCCCGAGCAUCCAAAUCCGGCCGCCCGCCGCCCGCGGCUCGUCGUGCUCCUCCUGCUCGCCUUCUUCGCCCUUCAGCUCCUCGUCUUCCUCGCUUUCCGAGCCGUGCGACCUCCUCCCGCCACAGCCUCCGCCGCCGCCGCCGCCGCUGUGCCGGUGCUGGCGUCGGCGCCGACCCGCAGAGACGAGAAUGAUUCGAGCUGCGGCGGCGGGCUCGUGUACGUCUACGACCUCCCCGCGGCCUUCAACGAGGACCUGCUCGGGAUGUGCGACGCGCUGGCGCCCAUGUACUCGCUGUGCCCCUACCUCGCCAACGACGGGCUCGGGUUCCCUGCGGGCGGGACCAACCUGUCGUCGCUCCUGCCGCAGCAGCUGCUCGGGUCGUGGUACGCGUCCGACCAGUUCGCGCUGGAGCACAUCGUGCACCGCCGCCUGCUCUCCCACCGCUGCCGCACGACGGACCCUGCGCGCGCCGCGGCGUUCUUCGUGCCAUUCUACGCGGGGCUCGCCGUGGGCCGCCACCUGUGGGCGGCCAACGCCACCGGCGCCGACAGGGACAGGGACUGCGUCGCGCUGCUGUCGUGGCUCCACGCGCAGCCGUGGUACCGGCGAUCCCACGGCUGGGACCACUUCAUCGCGCUGGGCCGCAUCACGUGGGACUUCCGCCGCACGACGGGCGCCGGGUGGGGCAGCGGCUUCCUCACCAUGCCCGGGGUGGCCAACGUCACCCGCCUCGUCAUCGAGCGCGACCCCUGGGACGGCAUGGACGUCGGCAUCCCGUACCCGACCGGGUUCCACCCGCUCACCGCCGCCGACGUGUGCGCGUGGCAGCGGUACGUCGCGCGGCGCCCGCGGCCCAGGCUCUUCGCCUUCGCCGGCGCGCCGCGGUCGGCCAUCAAGGGCGACUUCCGCGCGCUGCUGCUGGAGGAGUGCCAGGCGGCCGGGGACGCCGCCUGCGGCGCGCUGGACUGCGCCGAGGGCAGGUGCAUCAAGAACAACGCGCUCGUCAUGGAGCUCUUCAUGGGCGCCAGGUUCUGCCUGCAGCCGCGCGGGGACAGCUUCACGCGGCGGUCGCUGUUCGACUGCCUGGUGGCGGGCGCCGUCCCCGUGCUGUUCUGGCGGCGGAGCGCGUACGAGCAGUACGGGUGGUACCUGCCCGUGGACGGGCGCGAGGCGGAGUGGUCCGUGUUCAUCGACCGCGACCAGCUCCGCGCGGGGAACCUCACGGUGCGCGGCGUGCUGGCGGCUAUCCCGGACUCGCGGGUGCGGCUGAUGCGGAAGCGCGUGGUGAAGAUGAUCCCGGGGCUGGUGUACGCCGCGGCGGACGGGGAGGGCCUCGGCGGCGGCAUGAAGGACGCCGUGGACGUCAUGGUCGACGGCAUGCUGCGGCGUGUCGCCGAGCAGCGUCCGAGAUGGCGGACGACGUGAUCUGCAGCAGUGCAAAUUGAUCAUUUUUUUUACAGUUUUUUUCCUUCUUCCAAAUUCUUUGUGUGAGGAAUUUUGCUCGCUCCUGAAAGAUUACUGCGUAGUCUCGAGUUGUGCUACUGCGGCUCUAGCUGUAAAUUUACACUCAUUACAACAGAAUCAGAGAAUAUGAAUUCGUGUACGAUGAACUGCAUGCUCCUGACUCGCUGCAGAUUGGGCGCCGUGAAUGUUGAAGUUUGUACCAGUUGACGGGCUAUAUACAUUAGAUUUUGUAAAUCUCUAUAAUCUUUUUGACCAUGGGUUA